AGGAGCUGUUUCCUCAGCCAGGCGACAGCGGGUCCCCUCCACCAUUGCCCCUUCCCUUCCACCCCAAAGGGAGGAAACCAGCCGGAUCCCCACCGCCCCUCUCCUCCAGCCAGAGGGCCGGGCACCCAACACCGGUGUGAAGCCCAACCCUGUCUUUCGACAAGGCACUAGCAGGAAACCAGAGCGAGUUGGGACCAGCCCAACGCAGGCACGAGCGGGACCCGCCGUGCGCCUGUGCACCCCAACGCCGUCUGGAGGCAGAGGCACAGGAUGGCCAUGGAGGCAGCAGUGCCGGCAGAGGAGGUGUUGGUGCUGGUGGAGUACGGCUUUGAGUACCGAGCCAAGGACGGCACCUUGGUCUCCAUCAAACCCAACGAGCGCUAUGUCCUGCUCAAACGAACCAACCACCACUGGUGGCACGUCAAGAGGAGCGGGGACGCCCGGCCCUUCUACAUCCCUGCCCAGUAUGUGAAGGAGCUGCCCCCCAUUGCCACCCCGGCCACACUUGACCCCCCAACACCGGGACACACCGGGGCGGAUCCAGCCCCACUCGCCUCACAGCAGACGCUGGACUAUGAGUAUCGGUUCCUUGGCACCACUGAGACCAAGGAGCUGCCUGGAGGAUGCGCAGUGCCCAGGAGGGACUUGGCAGCCAGGAAGGACUCGGUGACCACGAAGGACUCGGUGACCAUGAAGGAGUUGGGGUCCAAGAGGGACUCAGUAUCCACAAGGGAAUUGGGGUCCAGGAAGGACUUGGUGCCCACAAGAGACUUGGGGUCCAGGAGGGACUCGGGGUUUACAAAGGACUCGCUGCCAGUGCUCAGCUCUUUUCGAGCCCCCCCCGGGCUGAGCCCACACCCCACCGAGCCAGUGCGACCCUCGCACUCCCUGGAUGACCUGGCACAGGUGACGCCGGCACCAUGUGGUGCCACUGCUACAGGGUCACAUCGGGACCCCCCAGGACAUGCUCGCCCACUCGGCAAGAGCCGCUCUGAGACCCUCUACACCCCUGGAAAAGAUAGGGACACAGGCAGGAGGUGGCCGGGGUCGGCCCAUGCAGCUCAGGCACGCAAGGAUCAGGAGGAGCCACCCGUCCCCAUCUACCUCAACAUCCAAGAGCUACAGGAAGAAGCUGCAGCCGCCGCCUCAACUGUGGAGGAGCCCAACAGCUCCACUUCAGACUGGGAGACCCACACGGACACGGACAGUGGACAUUUGUUUUAUUAUAACCCGGUGACGGGCGAGACCACGUGGGAUUGUCCCUUUGGGCGGGCAGAAGUUGGAGUGAGUCCCGUCACCUCUCCUGCCUCCUCACUCACCCACAGCCCAUGGGAUCCCGAGUGGGAGCAGCACACGGAUGAAGCCAGCGGACAGGCUUUUUUCUAUAAUUCGGUAACAGGUGAGACGUCGUGGGACCCCCCCAAUGCGGGAAACAGAGGGAGAUCCCAGGAGAUGUACCCUGGGGUGACGCAGUACGGCCUCAUGGAGCAGAGGCCACCUACUCCAGAAACAGACUAUCCCAGCCUGUCUCCAGAUGAGCUGGAGAGUUAUCCCGAGGAGGACUAUUCACCUAUGGGCUCCUAUGAUCAGGGGGCUGCUCCUGGUCUGUCCCUGAGGAGCUCCGAGGAGCUGGGCUCCUCGCUGGGCUGGUACAGCCAUGGCUACCCUGAAGGGGCUGUGUUCUACCCCGAGCACUUCACCUCUGACACGGUGCCCCCAGGUGGCCGCCACCACCGCGCCAGCAGCGGCUCCAGCCAGGACAGCGGGCUCUUUGCCUGGCACAGCACGGUGCCACCGGCCCCAGAGCUCAAGGAAGAGAAGUUUAAGAGCCUCGAAAAAGCUGGGGUGCUCAACCGGACCAAGACAGCGGACAGAGGGAAGCGGCUGCGGAAGAACUGGAGCUCCUCCUGGACGGUGCUGGAAGGGGGGAUCCUCACUUUCUUCAAGGACUCCAAGCACUCGGCUGCUGGUGGCUUGCGGCACCCCAGCACCCUGACCACCCCCGAGCACACGGUGGAGCUGUGUGGGGCCACCCUCACCUGGGCCAGCAAGGACAAGUCCAGCAAGAAGCACGUCCUGGAGCUGAAGACACGAGAGGGCUCAGAGUUCCUCAUCCAGCACGACUCGGAGCAGAUCAUCACCGCCUGGCAGAAGGCAAUCACCGACAGCAUUGGGAGGCUGGGCACUGACCUCCCUGGCGAGGAGGAUGCUGAGAGCAGUGCUGAAUUUGGAUCCCGAGAGAAGCUGGGGGGAAGCGAGGAGAAGAGGGCAGCCCCUGGGCAGGUGAUGGGCAGCACCAGCAAUGAGAGCGACUCCAGCAAAGUCCGGAACAAACUCCGCAAGUUCCUGCAGAGGCGACCGACACUGCAGUCCCUGCGCGAGCGAGGCUACAUCAAAGAUCCGGUUUUUGGCUGCUCCCUGCAAGCGCUGUGUGAGCGGGAGCGGGGGACAGUGCCCCGCUUCGUCCUGCAGUGCAUCCAGACCGUGGAGAGGAGAGGUCUGGACAUCGAUGGGCUAUACCGGAUCAGUGGCAACCUGGCCACCAUCCAGAAGCUGCGCUACAAAGUGGAGCAUGACGAACACCUGGACCUGGAUGACGGGCGCUGGGAGGACAUCCAUGUUGUCACCGGGGCGCUGAAGCUCUUCUUCAGAGAGCUGCUGGAGCCACUCGUCCCCUUCAGCCACUUCGACAAGUUCAUUGCUGCCAUCAAGAUGCAGGACCCCACCAGGCGGGGUCGGUGCAUCCGGGACCUGGUGUUCUCUCUCCCGCCCGCUCACCACGACACCAUGAAAGUCCUUUUCCGCCACCUCUGCAGGGUGAUCGAGUACAAGGAGGAGAACCGCAUGUCCGUGCAGAGCAUCGCCAUUGUCUUUGGCCCCACGCUGCUGCGGCCAGCGAGUGAGGAGGGGAACAUGGCCAUGCACAUGGUCUUCCAGAACCAGGUGGUGGAGCACAUCCUCAACCAGUACAGCUACAUCUUCCCCGAUGGCUAAAAACCGAGUGGGGACAAGCCCAGCAGUUGGGGACAGGAAGGAGCAGUGUCUCAGGGGAAGGACUUGGCCACAUGUCACCUCAGAUGAUGGGAGAUGGCAAUUGUGGGCUCCAUGAAGGACAGUGCGAUGGCCUGGCUCACUCAGGAUGUGGCACAAGGGAUGUGCCCAGCUGGAGCUGGGGGCACCCUGCAGAACCCAACCUCCUCUGCCACCUGCUUUCCAGGGGGUUGGAGGAUUCCCCACUGGUCAAGAGGGGAUGGUGGAUCCCCGUGGAUCCCAGCUCGCUGGUGGCACAGACCUGGCAUCCCAUAUAAUGGGAUGGAGGGUUCCCAGCUGGGCAGUGACCAUGGGGACCAUGCCACCAGCAGGUUUGUGUGACACAGUUGCCACAGCUGGAGCUGACACCUGGCACGAGCCCACCAACGUAUUCCCACAUAAAGAGCCCGUUCAGCUGUGAGGACAAGAUGUUGAUGGCAGGGGCAUGAGGACGUCCCUGGGGACACCAGCAGGGACUCCGUGCCUCUUAUCUCCUGGUGGCCUUUGGGUGUUCCUUCAUGUGGCCCUCCAAGACGUGCCCCUUGUACCACAGAAGGAUGAGGGAAAGGGGGGCACUUUGGGGCACAAGGGGACACUUUGGGUUGCAGGGAGGGCACUUUGGAAGAGGAGGGGACACUCUGGGGCACAAAGGGACACUUUCAGACAGGAGGUGACACUUUGGGAUGCAGGGGGAAUUUUGGGGCACAUGGGGACACUUUGGGAUGCAGGAGGGCACAUUGGGAUGGGGAAGCACUUUGUGGCACAAAGAGACUUUAGGAUGCAGGGGGAAUAUUUUGGGGUACAAAGGGACGUUUUGGUGAGGAGGGAACACAAUGGGGACACUUUGGGAAGCAGGUGGGACACUUUGGGACACAAAGAGACACUUUGGAACAUGAGGGAACACGAUGGGGACAGUUUUGGAUGCGGGGUGACAC